CAGUGAAGGAAGGUUUGUCAGUACUGGAGAACGGAUCCGACUGCCAGAUGACGUAACUAUGGGAUAUAUAAUCGAACACCUGCUAAAGCAACCGUUAACAGUCGUCGACCAAUUUCACUCGCAUUUGGAGCUGCUCAAGUUCAUCAGGAAGGAUAUGAUUGAAGAUCAGAUUUCAUUCAGCUACGCGAAGAGUAAAGGGGAAUGGAAUAUCGUGAAGAUAGAUGGAUUUGACGAAGUUGAAGACCAGUACAGAUUCCUGUCGCUGCACUGUUUUCUGUUCCCGUACUUCAGCUUUUGUCCUGGACGUAGGUGAAGAAUACGCCAUCGUGUUCCAGAAAAACAGUUGGCAAGUUGGCAAAAAUGCAAUGUGAUCAACGAAAAAGAAGGUUCGUGGUGCUGAGAGGAGGCAGAGGCGUUCUGUGGUCUCGUGUUGAUUGAUUAACGUAUUCUACCUGAAGAUAGACAACCAUGAACUAUAUUUUGGUGUCCAUAAAAGGGAUCUGCUAACGACAUCAGCAGAAUAUAUAAAUGAAUAUAAAUCGUGUCUCAAUAUUCCGUGGACAUAGACUUACUUUUAGACUUACAAUAAGUCUAUUGAAUAUUAUUUACCUUUAUGCAAUAGUGCUUCGUUUGUCCGUUAGAGGGCAUCAAAAGUUUCCUGUUCGGAAACAAUUUUUUUCAGAUAUCUUGGAACCGAUAGUCCGAUUUGAAUGAAAUUUGUAAAACAUGUGUUUUCUGGACGUCGCAAUAUUUGACUUUUACAAAAAAAAACGAAACUGCUGCAGGGUGAAAACAACCCCCAACCCUACAUAAGUCAUAGCAGAUCUUUUUCGCAGCUCCCCCAACGACUCUGAGCUUUUUUCAUUUACUUAAUUUUUUUUCAAAACAGAUCGUUGUUUUUCGGAGCUGCUUUCUAAAAAACCUUCUGAUUACAAACAUCAAGUGUUAAAAUUCUUUGCACUGUAUUGUUAUGUUCAGGAAACACUUGUGUUUUGCUGGAGUUCAUAAUACCUGACUUUCACAAAAAACCCGAAAGGGUUCGGGAAGGGUGAAAACUCCACCACUACAUAAAGUAAAUUUUUUUCAGAACUCUCCCAACGACAUUGAGGUUUUUUUAUUUGAAAUACCGUUUUACGACUUUAUUUUUGGUCUCAUAAAAACAGGUCAUUUCGCAUGGUUUUAGAGAAUAAAAUAUUUUUCGGAGUUGGUUUCUAUAUUUUCUUGUUACAUCAAAUUUCUAGCGCCGUAUUGUUAUGCUGAGGAACAAAAAUGGUGAUCAGAUUGAACACCUUUUAUGAAAGAUUCGCACUAUUGCCUGUAUUAAAUAAAAUAUUCGCUAAGUACACUUAAAACAUGAAUAAGACGCUUGGGAACUUCUUGAUGCAACACAUUUUUUUCUGAAAACUAUCCGAGAUGGCCUGUUUUUAAAAUGAGAUAACAAAUGAAGUAAACAAAAAGAUCUACUAAACGAAAAAAAAAAUCAGGGUCGAAGGGAAAGUUGCCAAAAAAUUCUGGUAAAAUUUAUGGAGGGGGAGAGGGCUAGUUUUCACCGUUCUCGAACACUUUAGAGUUAUUAGUAAAUAUCAAAUAUUAGAACGUCUAUCAAAACAUAUGUGUUCCAAAUUUCAUCCAAGUCGUACCAUCGGUUCUUUGAAUAUCUUAAAAUAAAGAUUUUUUCAAAAAAGCGCAUUCUUGCGGACAAACGGAGCAGUUUUGAAAAGUAAAUCAU